AUGGAUAACUGGGAGGUGGACACUUUUUCGGUGGAACUCACUGACCAAGCAUCAAGGAGCGACCGGCUUUAUGCAAAUGGUCGAAUGCAAGUGCCUGUCUAUGCCAAGAUUGCUGCUUCCCUGAAAAAUGGUGGCGCCACUUACCGUUUAACGGACAAGGAGCUCUCUCAAAUCUACCUCGUUUACUAUCAUGACACCAGUUCCCGGCUUCAUGGGGGUUGGGUCUCUUCGACGACCCCGGGUGAAUACGCCGGCACACUAUCGGACACGAUUGCUACUAAUACUACUGCCGGAUCCAACCCACGAGAGUCUCAGGCAGGCGAUGACAGCCCACAGUACAAGAAAUUCUGGGUUUCCACUACCCGUAUCGAAGCCCAGGCGAUUGCGGCCGCUUUCAAGAUGCCCAUGAGUCACAAGGUAGUUACUACCAAUGAUGGCCAUAAAGAUUCAUAUGUCACCUUAACUGGGAUAGAGCCCAUCAUCUACACCAGGGCCAACACGAGUCUGAUAUCUGAUCCAGAGCCACCCAAUACAGGGCAUCUCAAUGGCAGUUGCAAUGGCUACGGCAGUUUCGGAGUGGAUUGGUCUCAGACCAACUAUUACUUCACAACCAACAAUCAUUAUUUACACAAGGCUGAGCUCCAUUGGUAUGAACGCACCGGCCAUGACAAUGGUAAUCGUGAUCAAGAUGCCGACACGCGCUUGAUCGGUUCCUACAAGAAAUCCUGCACGAACAAUGGCAACACCUUGCAUCUAUACUACAUAUGGGAAACCAGCAAGGAGACCACAAAGACAGUUGGGGAGAAUGUCAAUCAAUACUUUUGGAAAAUCCCUGCGUAUACGAACAUUACGAUAAAUCAAACGGCAAACGCCCUCUGCCUGACUCAUAUUCAGUUUGCUGCUAAAAUUCCCCAUUACCAGUGGGUUUUUGAACCAGAGUGGCACUUCAAUACCUGGUUCGUGGUGUAUGACCUUUAUGGAAAUAGAGGUGUCUUUGAAGCAACAAACAAUGACAAAACCGGCGAGGUCGUUAUUGGCAAUUCAAACCGAUCUCUCGGAAAUGCCAUCACAGAACAGCCCACCGUCAGCUAUCCGGACCGCCACUCAAGUGGUAGCACAUAA